CGACGAUUGCAUGUGUGCAUGUUCAUAAAAUCCGGAGAGUGCACAGUGAAUCGACUAUUAACGACGGCUGAGAUCGACAAGCCACACCUUAUAGCACAGCUUGAUCGUACAGAAUAAACGACGUCUUGAGACCAGACCACCAAGAUGGAGAAACUGAGGCAGCAACUUCUGGCAAAGAACGUGAACAGCCUGAAGCAGCUCACGAGGAAGUUCAGCCAGAUGGACAAGGACCUGAGUGGCUCUUUGGAUACGUAUGAGUUCGCGGCGGGAGUCCGCGACAUUGGCGUGGAUAUGCCUCUCAAUGAUAUCGUGGACCUCUUCAAGACGCUGGACAAGGACGGCUCAGGAAAACUGAGUAUUGAUGAGCUAAUGGAGGCUCUUACGCCUCCCUUGAACGCGGCCAGAAAGGACAUCAUCAAGCAGGCCUUUGCACAGCUCGAUAAGACUGGGGACCAGAAAGUGACGGUGGCCGACUUGAAAGGAGUUUACGACGUCAAGUCCGAAGCGGACUUCAUCAGCGGAAAAAAGACUGAAGAGCAACUGAUGACGGAGUUUCUGAACAACUUCGAACCGGAUGAAGCAAGUCGGGAUGGAGAGGUGACGCUGGCUGAGUUUGAGAAGUACUAUGCCGGAGUGAGCAACAAUAUCGAUUCAGACGACUUUUUCAUCAUGAUAAUAAAAGCAAGAUAUAAAUUGUAAACUUCACAUAACAAACACAAAGUAUGGCCCUUUAGAGAAAGAAAAAUUCAAACGUUUAUAGGGAUAUAAAAGGCGAG